AUGCUCUCCAAUUCCUCAUCCUCCUCAUCCAACUCUUCAUCCAACGACUCGUCUUCAUCGCUCUCCGCCGGGAGUCCACCAAAGGGAAGCUUGUCUCCAGAUGGUGGUGCUCAGCGCUUCUUCAGCCAAGGAAAGCGGAUUCCAAAAGAUGUAAAACGCCACUGUGGAAUGUGCAAACAGCAUGGUGUGAUUGUAGAGACCCGUGGACAUACCUGUGAGUUCAAAAACUGUGGUUGUGAGCACUGCGAUCUGGUCCGUAAGCGUCGGGAGAUCAUGUCAACUCAAAUUCGUCUCCGUCGAGAGCAGGAUAAAAAGUUUCAGCGUACCACUGAUAUCACCGAAGCCAAUGUGUUCCCGGGCUUCACUGUCGGUGAGCCCAUUGACGAGAAAGCCGCCCUGGAAACCAUGAACAUGUGCUACUUCUGUCAGAAAUGCAAAAAUCACAAUGUCCUUAUCUGGAAGAAAAAUCAUAAGAAGGACUGCAAGUAUAAGGAUUGCGAGUGUGAACAGUGCAACCUUAUUGACUCCCGUCGUGCUCUGGACCGUCAUAUUAAGAAACGAAAGAUAAAUUUGAAAGAGAACGUCGUGGAGGGGACGGCACCAAAGAGUCCAAAGAAAGAUCAGGAUUCUUCGAAUUCUGCAUCGUCGUCAUCUCUUUCAUCGUCCACUUGCAAUUCAGAUGAAUCUGGAUCAUCGGACUCUUCAUUAUCGGGGUUGUUGACAGAGAAGUUGAAGAUGACACCCCAGGUUCAAGUGAAGUUUGACUUCAGCACUGGAGGAUUCGUUGCCCCAUCGGCCACAGUGACCACUAGUCCAUCAGUGUCACCAUAUGAGACUCCAUCUCCACUACCACUAAUCUCCCUUCCACACUCUCCAGCUCCAAUGGCUUCACUCCCACAAGUUUCUCUUCCAUCUACACUUCCUCUUCCAUUCCUCACCGUACCAUCUUUAUUAACCACCGCUGCUGCGACCAACCCAUUCUUCUCAUCCUCUCUGAUGUAUACCACCGCUUCCAACUUGUUCACCAACCCAUUCUUAAUGCCCAUCACACCCAUUGAUAUGCAGAUGUUGUUCCAGAAUAUUCAGAAUAUUCGCGACAUGACUGCAGCCAUGACCAUGACUGAUACUGACUGA